UCGUGGAAUGAUUUCAAAAUGAUUUUAAGGCUUUAAAGUCUCUCUCCUCUUCUUUUUUUUCAGACAUCCUCAUGAGCUCUAUACUACCCGUUCUUGCAGAGACUCUCCGCUGGCGCGCUUGCCUGAUGCGCAGCGCCUCACCAACUGGUCCCUCACUUUGACAAAUUCUUGGACGUGAGUGGUUCUGCUGAAUUGAUUUUUUUACUUGGAAAGAUGAUCUGCUGAAUAUCUGAGAAGUCGAACGUCUCUGCUGCACGAUAUAUUCUCUGUACACGAAGGCUGCCCGAUUUGGAGAGCACAAUGACACUUUGGUCAUUUUGGAGUUGUUUUCUUUUGGCUUGCAUUCAGCUUUACCCUUUUCACCUCAAGUUGGGGGCUCGGGCGGAGAUAAGUUUUCCUAGAUCGACCAACAGAUUUUAUCCUUUGGAGGUAACAUCGCUGAUGGCACGUGUGAUCAGAAAAUCUGCAAGGAUCAAAGUCUCGGUCGAAGUCAGUGGCCGCAAUGAAGUUUUAAACAGGCUGGAAACUGGAAGAACCGCUUCUUCCAGAUCAAAAUAUGAGCAGGAGGUGAACAAUGAAACCCUGAUUAGAAAUGUCACAGCGGUAAACUAUUUUAGCAAUCUCAAAAUACCUGACAGAAAGUGUGACAACAUUUCUACAGCGGAGGUUGAAACUCCUAAACGCCCAUUUUCAAUAAGGGAGAAGACAAAAAGAAGUGUCGGCGUGUACAGCGAAAAUUUGGACAGGGGUAUCACUGAGGAAUCGCAGCGGUCCAUGGGAACUGUCCAAGGUGAUUCCAACUUCAGAAGCGAGUACCGGCGCACAGGGGAGGAAAGCAGGGGCUCAAACUCGAGGCAGAGCGAGCCUCACCUGGACACCUCCACUUUUGCUCUGUCGGGAGACUCGGCUCACAACCAGGCGAUGGUCCACUGGUCCGGGCAGAACAGCAGCGUGAUCCUGAUUUUGACUAAGCUGUAUGACUUCAACUUGGGGGCCGUUACUGAGAGCUCGCUCUGGAGAUCCACUGAUUAUGGGAGCACCUACAGCAAACUCAAUGAUAAAGUGGGCUCGAGGACAGUUUUAAGCUACCUGUAUGUCUGUCCUACCAACAAGCAAAAGAUAUUGAUGCUUAGUGACCCAGAGGUAGAGAGCGCUGUUCUCAUCAGUUCAGAUGAAGGGGCAAGCUUCGAGAAGUAUCCUAUUAACUUCAAUGUCCUGAGCCUCCUCUUCCAUCCUGCACAGGAGAACUGGAUACUGGCCUACAGUCAUGACUACAAGCUUUACAGCUCAAUGAACUUUGGGAAGGAAUGGCAGCUCGUCCAUGAAAACGUGAUGCCAGGCAGAUUCUACUGGGCGGUAAUGGGGCUGGACAGAGAAUCAGAUGUGGUCCACAUCGAGACACGCAUCGCAAAAGGCCGAGCUAAGUACGUGAAGUGCAGAGCACAGAGAUGCACAGAGGGCAACAGACAGUACCUCUUUCCCGGACACGUAGACACCAACUCCCUCGUUGUGCAGGACGAAUAUGUUUUUACACAGGUAACCAAGUCCGGACGAGCCAGUUAUUUUGUCUCCUACAUGAGGGAAUCCUUUAGGCAGAUGAAAUUACCAAAGUACUGUUUGCCGAAGGACAUGCAUAUUAUCAGCACAGAUGAGAAGCAGGUAUUUGCUGCCGUCCAGGAGUGGAAUCAGAACAACACUUACAGCCUGUAUAUCUCAGACUCCCCCGGGGUCUACUUUAUCCUUUCAUUAGAGAAUCUGAGAACCAGCAGAGGGCCUGCCGGUAACCUACUGGUUGACUUUUAUAAGGUUGAGGGCAUAGAUGGUAUGUAUCUUGCCAACAAGAUAGUGGAUAAUCAUAUAAAGACUUUCAUCACAUACAACAAGGGUCAAACAUGGGCUCUGCUGCCGGCUCCAACUACAAACGUGGCUGGAAACAACCUUCACUGCAUUCUGCCAUUUUGCUCACUGCAUCUUCAUUUGGAGAUGUCAGAGAAUCCCUACACAUCUGGGCCCAUCACCAGUAAGAAGUCUGUCCCAGGAAUCAUUGUGGCCACAGGAAACACUGGAACGGAGCUGUCCUCUACCAACCUUGGAAUGUUUAUAACAUCUGAUGCAGGAAAUAGUUGGAGACAGAUUUUUGAUGAGGAGUACAACAUUUGGUUUCUUGAUAAUGGAGGAGCUUUGCUUGCAGUUCUUCAUGCAACGAAACCUCUUCGACAACUAUGGAUCAGCCUAGAUGAAGGAAAGAAAUGGGACCGGCACAGUUUCUCCUUGGCGCCUCUGUAUGUGGAUGGAGUUUUAAUGGAGCCAGAAUCAGACAAUCACAUUAUCACCUUUUUUGGACACUUCAGCCACCGGUCAGAGUGGCAGCUCAUCAAGAUUGACUACAAGGGUCUCUUUAGCAGGAGAUGCAUGGAUGGAGAUUAUCAGACAUGGUACCUGCACAACAAGGGAGAGCUUUGUGUGAUGGGUGAGAAGCAGAUCUAUAUGAAGCGCAGACCUGGCAACCGUUGCAUGUUGGCUCAAGAUUAUUCAAGGAUCUACUCCUCAGAGCCAUGCCUCUGCACAGCCUAUGAUUUCGAAUGUGACUAUGGGUGGGAGCGCCAGGCUGAUGGGAUGUGCUCUCCUGCUUUUUGGUUUAAUCCAAACAGUGCGACAAAAAGCUGCAGCUUCAGCCAAAGCUUCCUUAACAGCACAGGGUAUCGUAAGGUUUUGUCCAAUAACUGUAAGGAGAGAGGAAGAAAUGCAUACUCGCCCAAGAGAGUGGCAUGUCAUCCCAAAGCACCCCAGGGCCUCCAUCUGUCCACCAGCCACGGAGAGCUCAGUGCCACCAUCGGAAGCAAUGUUACUUUUAUGAUCCACCUUGAUAAUGGAGAGUCUCCGAGCACCAGCAUCCAGCUAGACUUCGGGGACGGCAUCAAGAUCACAUACUCUAACCUUAGCAGGACUGACGAUGGCAUCAAACACAUCUACAGAAUGACUGGGAUUUACAGAGUGAUAGCUACUGCAGAAAACAGCCUGGGAUCUGACAGCAGCACGCUUUUUUUGCACAUCACUAGUCCAGUGGAUCGUGUAUAUCUCUCCGCUCCUAUUGUGGUCAUCAAGGAGAAAGCAACUAAUCUGACUGCAGUAGUUUGGCCGAGCCACACAAGAACUCUGACCUUCUUUUGGUGGUUUGAAAACAGCUCUGAGCCCAUUAUAACUCUGGAUGGAAGCAUCUCACAUAUGUUUCUCAGAGAGGGAAAAAACAGGGUCACGGUUCAGGUUGCUUCUGGAAGCACCGUAUUGGAAGACUCAAAAGUUAUAACUGUUAAAGAGUUCUUCAGGUCACUGCUGUUGUCGUUUUCCCCAGCUCUUGACGAGCACAAUCCUGACAUCCCUGAGUGGAGGGAGGACAUAAGCCGUGUGGUGCGGAGAGCUCUGUCACAGAUAUCUGGGGUUCCUGAAAAUCAGCUGAUGGUAUCUCUGUACCCUGGACUUCCAACCACAGCCGAGCUCUUUAUCCUGCCUGAUGAGCAAAUGUCAAGUGAGCACAAGAAAAGGAGCGAGGAGGCUUUGGAUACAAUAUCAGAUAUUUUUGUCACUGCCCUCAACCAAGGCAUGAUCCAAUUUGAACUGAAAGCAAAUAUUCGCAUUAUUGUGUACAUGACUCAGCAAACCUUGGCACCACUAGUCGAUUCAAACUCAAUUCACAGUGGGUCGGCAAUGCUUAUGUUGAUCAGCGUGGUCUUUGUUGGUGCAGCUGCAUUUUUUAUCUACAAAUUCAAAAGGAAAAUUCCUUGGAUCCAUGUGGAGACUGAAGACCGGAAUGAGAAGGAUCCGGAGGUCAUAAGCACAGUAGGUCAAAACGAUGCCAUGUCCAAGGUCAAGCUAAGCGAGUUCCCGUCUCAGAAAGAACUCAUGGAAAAAGAGCUGGAAGGCAGAAGCAGAGGAGGAUUUGGGAGAAACAUGGAAAGAAUUGUCACAAGGGAAUUUCCAAAUUGUACUAAUGUCUAAGACAUGAGUAAGUACUGUGUGUUGUGUUUUGAUUGUACUUAGUCUGCUUUGUCAGAAUAUCUUUUUUAUUUAUUUAUGUCAUGCUGAUAGCUGCACAUGUUCAAAGUAAUUUUUAACUUAUGUGGAUAGGGUAAGUAGUUUGCAGUAUCUUGUAUAAAUUCUUCAAUCUGAAGGUAUCUAACUGCUGAAAUUAAUUCAUGAUGGUCCUAAAACUGCGACAGCGGCUAAUAUAAAAUGGUUUAUAAAUAAUGAGUUUAUCAUAUCUGAAUGAUUCUUCUAAUAGACAAUUCCUAAAGUCAUAUAUAGUAAUUAUUAAAAAAUAAGUUUUAUAAAACAGGCAUACAUUCACAGGCCAUGUUAUUAAGUAGUUCUUGCUAGUACUGGGUUGGACUCAGACUGCCUAAAUUCUUCAUGGCAUAGAUUCAACAAGGUUCCAGAAACAUUCUGGGCCAUAUUGGCAUGAUUGCAUUUUACCCUACCAUAUAAAUCAUCUCUCAUUAGACCUGGUGACCAACCCAACUGUAACCUCAGUGUAAUGUUCUUAGAUGAUAGCAGUAGCACCCAGUGUGGUCUUCUGCUACUGAAGUCCAUCUGGUUCAAGGUUCAACAUGUUGUGUGGUUAAAGAUGGUUUUCUGUAUACCUUGAUUGUAAUUUGUAGUUAUUUCAGGUACCGUAGUGUCCUUUCUCCUCUGACAUCAACAAAGUAUUUUUUCCUGCCACUCGCUGGAGAGUUUCUCUUUUUGGGCCAGUUUCUGUAAAUCCAGAAGAGUAUUCCCAAUUGCAUUUAGUUGCUGUCAUGUGAUUGGCUAAGCCACUUUUUGUGUUAACAACCCAAUGAACAGGUGUACCUAAUAAAGUGACCAGUGAGAGCUAUUUAAUUAAGAAAACCACAGCUGUCAUGUCGUUUUCUACAUGAGAAAAAUAUGUAUAUGAUAUUUUGUCAGUUUGCUUCAUUUGGACCUGACAUCAAAAUACUGGACUAAAAAAAAAAAGAAAUAAUUUAUAGUUUUUUUAUAUAUAUAUCUUACAAAACGUGUUAAUACUGUUUCCUUUUUUUCUGCUUAAGAUGUUCCCUUACUGCACACAUUCACCCAGGAUGUAAACUGUUAACUGUGUCCUGCCUCAAAACUAUGAUUACUAAAUUAUGUGAAAUUUUGAAGCAUAAAUGUGUUUGUACAUUUCUAGGAACACAGGUCUUGUUGUAAAUAUUAUCCAAAUGUGUACAAAUGUCCAAAUCUGAUUAUUGUGACAGCUCAAAGGACAAAAACAAGUUGUGGUUUUGAUUUCAAAGACUGUUUCUGAGAUGAUGGAGGUCUAGCCUUUUUAGAGUCGGGAUUGUUGAUACCUUGUACAUAGCAAAAAAAAAAAGAAAAUGGGAUAUAGGAGCGUAAAUUAUCUAAACUUGUCUUGUGUUUCCAUCUGCUUCAGCCCUUCAACAAGCUUUAUGCUCACUUUGUCUACUUCAUUAUCUACAAGAGCAUGUCCCGAUUAGCGGUAACAAAAACUAUAUUGGGGUGUGUGUGUGUGUUCUGUAUAUAUGUUUAUGGUGAUUUUAAAGUUUACUUGACACAUUAAACAAAUUAUUAAACAUGUUGUCAAAAGGUCUACUUGUGCAGUGGCUCAAAAGUUAUGCAUGGUAUAUCUACAAUAUUGUACCUUUUUGUCAUUUAUAAGAACAUUGUCAUGUUUUAAGUUACAUUUCUUACUGUGAACCAAUUAACAUUACAAACUUGUUGAAAAUAAAUGUAUUUUUAUAUGUUUA